UGCAUUCUGAAUAUCUUAAAAUUAGCAAAUUAAAACUAAAUAAUAUAAUUAAAAUGACCACAGCUACCUUUCCAAGUGGGUAAAUGUGGAAGAUUUGGUCACCUAGCUAUAGGAAAGAUACCAUUAAGCUGGAAAGGGUACAGAAAAGAUUCACAAGAUCUCUCAUACUGAAUCAGUAUACAUGGUAAUUGAGUUAUGCAUGUAAUGUUUAUAGCAGAAUAAAAUUAUGUCAGAUAACCUCAAUAAAAUUAUGAAAUCAAUCCAAAAUGAUGAAAAAUAACAUUAUAGACUAUAAGGCAUAAGGAAAGAAUUAGGCCAUUCAGCCGGUCAAAACUGCUCGGCAAUUUCUUCCUGGCUGCUCCAUUUUCCCUCUCAACCUCAUUCUCUUGUCUUAGCCCCAAAAUCAUUCAUGCCCUGAGUAAUCAAAAGUCUAUGAAACUGCCUUAAAUGCACCCAGUAACCAGUCCCCCACAGUCUCUUGUGGCAACAAAAUCCAGAUACACCACCCCCUACCUACAUAAAUUCCUCCUCUUCCCCUUUCUAAAUAGACAUACCUCUAUUCUGAGGCUGUGCCAUCUGGUCCUAGACUCCUCCAGUAUAGGAAACAUCCUCUCCACAUCCACUCUUCCUAGCCCUUUUAACAUUUGAUAGGUUUCAAUAAGAUCCCCCAUCAUUCUUCUAAGUCCAGCAAGUACAGGACCAGAUCCAUCAAACGCUCUUCAUACAGUAACACAUUAAAUUCCUGGAAUCAUUUGCAUGAACCUCCUCCAAAUCCCCUCCAAUGUCAGCACAUCCUUUCUUAAAUAAAAGGCUCAAAAAUGUUCAUAAUAGUCAAAGUGAGGCCUCAACAGUGCCUUUUAAAGCCCCAGCAAUACAUUCUUACUCUUAUACUCUAGUCCGCUUGAAAUUAAUGCUAACAUUGCAUUUGCUUUACCCACCACCGACUCAACCUGCAAGUUAACCUUUAGGGAAUCCUGAACGAGGAUUCCCAAGUCACUUUGCACCUCAGAUUUUUGUAUUUUCUUCCAGUUUGGAAAAUAAUCUACGCCUUUAUUCCUUCUACCAAAGUACGUGACCAUACACUUCCCGGACCUAUAUUCCAUCUACCACUUCCUAAUCUGUUCUUCUACAGCCUGCCUCUUUCCUCAACACUACCUGUUCCUCCAUCAACCUUCACAUCAUCUGCAAACUUGGCCACAAAUCCUUCAUUUCAUCAUCCAAAUCAUUGAUAAAUAAUACAAUAAAAACCCGAUUCCAACACAGACCCUGGUGGAAUACUGCUAGUCACUGGCAGCCAAUCAGAAACCCUUUGCCUCCUGCCAAUCACCAAUGCUCUAUCCGUGCUAGUAACUUCCCUCUAACAUCAAGGGGUCUUAUUUUGCUAAGUAGCCUCAUGUAUGGUACCUUGUCAAAGGCCUUCUGAAAAUCCAAGUACACAACAUUCACCAAUUCUCCUUUGUCUAUCUUGCUUGUUAUUUCCUCAAAGAAUUCCAACAGUUUUGUCAGGCAAGAUUUUCCCUUAAGGAAACCAUGUUGACUUUGGGCUAUUUUGUCAUGUUCCCCCAGGUACCCUGAAACCUCAUCCUUAAUAAUCUUCCCAACCACUGAGGUCAGGCUAACUGGCCUAUAAUUUCCUUUCUUCUGCCUCCCUCACUUGAAGAGUGGAGUGGCAUUUACAAUUUUCUCGUCCUCCAGAACCAUGCCAGUAUCUAUUGAUUCUUGAAACAUCAUUACUAAUGCCUCUACAAUCUCUUCACCACCUCUUUCAGUACUCUGGGGUGUAGACCAUCUGAUCUAGGUGACAUCUACCUUCAGACCUUUUCGGCUUCCCAAGCACUUUCUCCUUAAUAGUAGCAACUGCACUCACUUCUAAAUUUUCAGCAUACUACUAGGAUUCUUCCACAAUGAAGACAGAUGCAAAAUACUUCAGUUCAUCCUCCAUUUCCUUGAACUACCACUCCAGUGGUCAUAUAUCUUGUACUGCCUCUCUUUUACUUUUUAUAUAUCUGGAAAAAAAACCUUUGGUAUCAUCUUUGAUACUGUUGGCUAGCUUACCAUUAUAUUUCAUCUUUUAGUUGCCUUCUGACAAUUUUUAAAAGCUUCCCACUAAUUUUUGCUCUAUAAUAUUCCCACUUUUGCUUUUAUGUUGUUUUUGACUUCUCUUGCCUUUAGAAUAUUUCUUUGAGACAUACUGCAUAUAUCCAGCGCCUUCUGAAUUUCUCCCAGAAACUCCAGCCAUUGUUGUUCUGCUGUUAUCCCUACUAUUGUCCCCAUUUGAUCAACUUUUCCCAGCUCCUCUCUCAUGCCCUAUAAUACUGACAGAUCAGACUUUAGCUUCUCCCUCUAUCACAUAUGUGAACUCUAUCACAUUACUAUCACUAUCUCCUAUGGGUUCCUUUACCUUGAGCCCCAUAAUCAAAUCUAGUUCAUUUCACAACACCCAUCCAGAUUAGCCUUCCCCUGGUGCUCUAAAAAGGCAUCUCAUAGAUAUCCUACAAAUUCUCUGUCUUGGAAUCCAGCACCAACCUGAUUUUCCCAGUCUAUCUGCAUAUUGAAAUUACCCAUGACUAUAAUAACGUUGCCCUUUUCUAUCUCCCGUUGUAAUUUGUAGUCCACAUCAUGGUUCAGAGGCCUGUUUGUAAUUACCAUCAGGACAUCUUUACCCUUGCAGUUUCUCUACCCACAAGGACUCUACAUCUUCGGAUCCUAUUUCAGCUCUUUAUAAGUGUUUGAUUUUUUUUACCAACAGAGCCACCCCACCCCCUCUGCCUAGCUGCCUGGCCUUUCAAUACAAUCCAUAUCCUUGGAUGUAAAGCUCCAAACUAUGAUAUGGUAGUUUGCUCUGAGAUUCCCCUGCUAAAGUGAGACGUGCAAUUCUUGGCAGCACUGGGCUCAAUUAAAUACAGAAGUUGAUGAUGUGCUGCUCAAAGUUGGCAGGUACAGGAAUAGGAAAUGUUAGUGUUAUCGGUCAAGCACAGGGAAAUGGGAUUAGCUUGGCUGGCAGGGUUUAGCUUGGGCUAAAGGGUCAUUUCCGUGCUGUAUUACUCUGUGACUCUGAAUUUGUUGCCUAUACUGGAUAAAUGGGGGCUGUUUUCCCUGGAAUGUAGGAGGCUGAGUGAUGACUUUGUAGAAUAUAUAAAACGUACCUCUACUGUCAUCCCUCAGGAGCAUAGAUAAGGUCACUGUCUUUAUCCCAAAGUAGAGGAAUCUAAAACAAGAGGACACUGGUUUAAGGUGAGAGGGAAAAGACUUAAAGGGGGCAUGUGUGGCAAAUAUUUCUUUUUACACAGAAAGUGGUAGGAAUGAGUUGCCAGUUAGAAGUGGUAGAGUUGGGUACAAUUACAAUGUUUAAAUGACAUUUACACAGGAACAUCAACAGGAAAGGUUUGAAGAGAUAUGGAGCCAAGCACAGGUAAAUGGGACUAGCUCAGUUAGGCCUUUGGUUGACAUGGAAGAGUUGGGAUGAAGAGCCUGUUUCCCUGUUGUAAAAUCAACAACUUUAAUUAAGGCCUUUGGGAGAUAUCUAGUCUCAAACCCCUGCUUUUCCGGCUGUUUAGGUGCAGAAAUACAAUGAAUUAUUUCAUAAUAUCUUAGAGAGUCUCCAAGUGAUUUUAAUGAUUGUCUUAUUUUGGUUACCAUGCAGAGAGUCAUUUAACAUAUUAGGUCAAAAACCCUUCAUUAGAACAGUGUCUGAUGAAGGGUCUUCAACUUGAAAUGUUAACUCUCUCCCUCUAUCCACAGAUGUGGUCUGACCUGCUGAGUAUUUCCAACAAUUCUGGUUUUGUUUUAGUUUUCCAGCAUUUAUAGUUUCUCUUUCAUUUUUGCUUAUGUGAAGGAGCUUGGAUCAGAAUAAGUUAAGAGGAUACAUAUUGCCUCAAGGCAAUUUCCCAACCUGGAUUUUAGAGGAAGAUUGGUAGAAUAGUUAUUUUUCCUAGUGUAUGUUUAAGAUCAACACAGAAGAGUAUACAUCCACUAUAGAAACUUUCAUCUUUUGGCCCCUACCUCAGUGGUUUUGGUCUUAUAUUCUGCUGCUUUCCCUACAUAUUGUAGUUUAGAAAUGGGAUUCUUAUAUUGAACCAUGACAUCGUGUUAGGUGGGUAGAACAAAACACCACAUAGAAAAUAUUAAAGCCUUCAACUCAUAAUUUACAACAUUGAUUUACUUAUACAAAGCACGCGUGAAUAAGGAAGCUUGUUUGGUUAGCUUAAUUCUUUCAUGGAAUGAAGGCUUCACAAGCAUGAUCUUCAGUCCUUGUGUAGCCUACACGAUGAAAGGUAAGGACUUGUAAAACUUUCACCAAGUCAUAGAAUUGUUUUAGCACUAUUUUAUACAUACCUCUAGUAAAGCAAUCUGGUCAGUUGGUCAGUGCCAUCUCCCUGCUCUCUCCCUACAGCCCUGUAGGUGGCACGUCGGGCUUAAAGCAGCAACUCCGCAUCGCCUGGGUUCGUCAACCCCGAGAUACGCGGUGCUUCGGGGAUUUCCGUAGGUUCUCGGGAAUUGUUGAGGAACAGGGAGGCGAAUCAGCGCUCGGCAGUUCGGGUAUUUCCGUGAGCUGUCGGGGUCCUGGCUUUGAAGUGCGGCUUAUCAUUCGAUCAUCUGGAAGAUGAGGGGAGCGGGGAGAAUGGAUUGAAGAGAGAAGCAAGCAGAAUUGCAUGGCUCCACGUAUGACCAGGAGGAAAGAGAGCAAAUGGCAAAUAACGAGAUUGUUUGCUUGAUGUUCAUUGUUUGUAGUUUCAAAUAGUGAUGUGAAUGGUUCAAGGAAUCAACAAAAUAUACAAUCAUGGGGUUACUUUCUGGAGGCCACUCUUUGUAUCUGCAAAAAGUUUCAGAACAAGUUUUUAUGACAGCAUGUUUAAUAAAUUGACAACAAAUAUGUCCCAGCCAUCAAAGAACAAACUGAAGAGGCAGAGCCGUGCUUUCACACAGGUUCUAUAUCGGAAGCUAAGUUACCGUGAGCGAAAGUCGGCAGCUGAUAUUCCAGUGGGCAUUUUAGAUGAUCCUUCAGAGCUCUCAAUCCAGCUUUCUGCACCUGGCAUACUUAAGAUCUUUGGCAAUGAAAUCUGCAAUGGUGCAAACUACAAAAGUGUCCUUGCCACACCAAGGUCAAGUUCACAGGAGCUGGUCAAAGAAGCCCUGGAACGGUACUCUGUGAAUAAGACAUCUGCCUAUGAGUACCUUCUAUGUGAUGUAAUUGGAAGGUUUGAGGGGAAUGACAAACGCUGGCGAACAGAGUGUCUCCGACCUUUGGGGGACAAUGAAAAACCACUUCUCCUUCAGGAUCUUUGGAAACCUAAGGAGGGAUUUGCCAGAAGAUUUGAGCUUCGACGGCGGGCUGAGGUAGAGGAAAUGGCUGCAAAAGAGAAAGAUACAACAACAGCAGAUAUAAAUGCUCAAGCACGGAAACUGCAGAGAAACCGAGCAAAAGGCAAAGACUUAACCAUGUCUGACUACAAAUGUAAAUUAACACCUCUUCGACGUAGUGUCAGUGAGACAAGUCUUGUUGACAUUGGAAACCAUGAGGAGGAGCAACAGAGGCUUUAUUCAACACUACCUGGGCAGUCUGUAAAGAAGAACAGUCAAUGCAAAAGUGGGAAUCUUUGCAGCAGAACCAAUAAAGAGAAGCAAGUAACAAGCAUUCAUGAUGGUUACUCGUACCCCAGCUAUGAAACCCCUCAUCUUCUGCUUCUUCAGGGGUAUAACCAACAGAGAGAUUGUUUGGUGUAUCCCCUAGAGUGUGAGAAGCAAAUAAUAGGUCAAGAAACAGCUUCAGUAAAGCCCAACAUCUGCUUAUCAUCACCUGACAUCCUUUCUCUCCAUUGUAAAAUCAAAAGAAUUAAACGGUCAAAAAAACAAAGUUGCCAUGAAGAACAGAUCAUUGUGGAGUCAUUCCCAAAUGCCUUCACAGUAGUGAACUGCAUACCGGUGGAAGGACCAGCAGAACUGAGGCAUGGUGAUCUGAUUGGAUUUGGACAACAUUACAUUUUUCUUUUCAAGGAUCCUUCAGCUGCUAGAAAGUUGCCAGCUCAAACAUUUUCCAUGCUGAGGCAUUUGCACUGCUUCUCCAGCCAUAAGAGUAACCGGAAAAUCACCAUUUGCAAAAUGUGUGGCUCCAUUAUUAAGAACUACUCAGCAAACAUGCCAAAAAAUGCCAUCCCAUCUACAAACAGAAACACUACUGUUCAUAAAAGGAAGCUACAACUGGAAUAUGAACAGGCCUUUGAAGAUGUGCUGAUUGAUAAAAUCUUGACUCUCAUUGAACCUGGUGGAGAUGAUCAUAAGCUAACUCCAGCUUGCCUGCUUUGUCUAUGUGUUCAGCACUCAGCCACAACCUUCGAGUCAGGUGAUUUUAUGAAGCUCCUUCUGAAGAUUGUGAAUAGGAUGCAAGCGAUAGUUUGGGGGAAGACAAAAGAAUUGGCAAAAAAACAUACUGAACAGCAGGAUCCAGUAUCUCAACCUCUAAUCGGUAUUACAGACCUGGUUCCAGACUUGCAACAUAUUUUCUUCUGGAUGUCCAACUCCAUUGAGCUACUGUACUUCAUCCAGCAGAGAGUUCCAAAAUACAUUCAGGGCAUUGAGGACCUGAAAGCACAAGGUUCCAAAGAAUCAUUGCUCUCAUCCACGAUUUCAGUCAAUGAAGAAGUCAUGAAUAUUUUGGAAGAGAUGAUCAUGCAUUCAUUCCAGCAAAGUGUGUACUACAUUACCAAGUCGCUGUAUGUUACACUUCCUAUCUUCUUGGAUUGCAAUCCCUUUCAGACUGAGAGGAGACAUUCCUGGACAAAUUCUUCUCCCAUCCCAGAACCAGUGCACAGCAUCGUGCAGAUAUAUAAAAUGACACUGGACCUCCUCCAUCAGUAUGAGAUUCACCCAGAAAUUGCAACACAAGUGUUUGCUUACCUUUUCUUUUUCUCCAAUGCCUCUCUCUUCAACCUACUGAUGGAUAGGGGCUCAAGGCAACAUUUUUUUCACUGGUCCAAAGGGAAACAGAUGCAAGCCAGCUUCCAUCUGUUGCUGGAGUGGAUACAAAAUGUAGGAAUGGGUAACAUUGCAGAUGAAUUUUUCUUCAAAUUCAGUAGUGCUGUAAAGCUUCUGGCUAUACCAGUGUCCAAUCUUAUGCAGUGUAACUGGAGUUGCAUCAGGAGAGAAUUCCCAGCCUUAAACCCAUCCCAGCUUCUUCACAUACUUACACACUACCAUGCGGCAGCUGGAGUGGACCAUAUAGCAGCAUGGCAGCCAAGUACUGAGGAGAGGGAAAAAAUGUACAAAACAGAGGAUAUUCUGUUGAGUUUUGAUCAGUAUCCUCCGCUGGUGCUGCCCACUAGUAAUUUUAAGGUGGAUAUAGAUGCAGAGACUGUAGAUGACAACAUAUACAGACACCUGUUGUAUAUACGUCACUUUCUUUGGAGCCUGCGCACUAAAUGCCAGUCAACCAACAGAUGUGUUACAGCCAGUGAAUUUCAGGCUGAAUUUCCAGUUUACUACAACUGUCAUGAACUCUCUUCAGGCAACCUGGCUACGCUUUCCAAUCUCAAGAUGCCUGAUCAGCAAUCAGGCCAAAACAAUUACCUUAAUAAUAAUUUUGAUGCAGAAAAGGAUGGAACAAGGUUGAGUACUUCCUGGGUCAGUGGUUCAUAUGGUGAUUUUAACACCUGCUAUAAGCACAACCUGAAUCUGCAGACGACCCAGGAGAGGCAGAGGGCCCCAGGGAAGAGUAUGCAGCCACUUGAUCCUUCCUGUCUUUUAACUCCUCCAAAUACUCCUCUGAACAUCGACCUCGUGCAGACAAAUGGAGAUGGUAGACUUGCAUCAAACUUCAGGAGAAACAGUAUCUACAGAAGCAGAGCAAAUGAGGGAGAAGGAAGAAUUUCCGCAACAUACGACCUACCAACUCCAACAUCUUCCAGCCUUAGCUCUGGAGAUGAUGAUCCAUGUUACGUGUUUGCUGUGGAGUUGGAUCGGGGACCUCUUGGUUUAGGAAUGGGACUGAUUGAUGGACUGCAUACAACCUUAAAAUCCCCAGGGAUUUAUAUCAGAACCCUUCUGCCUGACAGUCCAGCAGCUUCUGAUGGGAGACUGGGGAUUGGGGACAGAAUCCUGGCAGUAAAUGGAACCAGCUUAAUUGGAGCAGAUUAUGACAGUGCAGUUAACCUGAUCCGCUCAGCGGGUGAGAGACCACGAUUCCUGGUUGCUAAGUCAGAUUUCGUCAGUGCUGAGAAGAUCAGUGCAUCAUCCUGUUAGUCACAUUACUUCUCUUCAUUCUUUCAUGUUUAAGUGAUAAUUGAGCAAAAAUGAUUGACAGAUGUUUCAAGUACUAUUGUAACUGUCAGGCUUUACCUCCUAAACUCACUAUUAGGAUAUAAAAGUUCAUACAAAACACUUUUCUUAAAAAAUAUUAUGUUUUGCCCAAAUAAGAUCCCUAAAUAGAGGAUUGAUUAAAAGCUGCAAUCAAAAGGCUUAAAAUCAACUCAUACGUUCCAAGAGUUUUAUUCAUACUAAGAUUAUUUUCUUAAAUCCACUUUCUCAGAACUCUUAAGCUGUGUCCUGAUCAUAUUUGCUGCUGUCCACCUGAGAAUAACUGAGCUAUAGGGGCUAGUAAAGUUGAUGUCACACUCUUGGUCAGUGCUCUCAUUUUGUUUUUCCCAAUUCCUCUUGAUUUAAACUGGAUGACUUAAUCAUUUAAACUUGACUCCUGGGUAUGUGAGAGAGCGACAGAGGGACUGAAACUGGGAAGCAAAGGAAAGAUGAAAUCUUACAAAAGCAGUUUUAGAACAUUCCCCUUAAAAACAGAACUAUAAUCAGCUUGGCCCAGGAAUAGCACUCUUAUUUGGGUUGUGCAUUUAAGAUGACAAUAGGAUUUUCAUAGAUAAGCUAUUAAUGCACCCAGUUAAGUAUCUUAGAGGAAGCUACCCAUUCUACACUGCUGCACAAACUUAAUAUUUCUCAAGGCCUUCUAGCAAAAAUUUUCACCUGCUCAGUUUUCAAAAUUUGAAGCCAUUUUCCUACACUUUGAAACUGUCAAUUUCAGUGCCAGUAUCAUGACAAAAUCCAAAGUUAAGGUUUCAGCAGGAUCUUUUAAGUUUAUAACAGGUGUCCAAUCUUAUGUUGCAGUGAUCACUGUAAUCAAAACUUCAAUUACUGAAUAAAAUAUAUAAAUUAGACCAAAGAUUUUUUAAAAAAAACAGCUGCUGCAUUUUAAAGUGUUAGAUUAAAUGGGCUUAACCUGAUUGGAUUUUGUCUUUAAUUAGUUUGACUUCAGUAUUUCCAUUACAGUACAUGCUGAUGUAGGAUCAAAUUCUCUUAACUCUAAUAGAACUAGUUGGUCAGUCAGAACCAAAGAGGAAAAUGUCCCAAUAGGUUUAUAGCACAUUUAAUAAAUGCUCUACCAAUAAAUGACAAUGUAAAUGUUUUGUAAAAUUAUCAAUAUUAACGGUAUCCUAUAGAAUUAAAAAUCUUAAUGCAAGUUACACACACACAAAAUGCUGGAGGAACUCAGCAGAUCAGGCAACAUCGAUGGAAAUGAAUAAACAGUCAAUGUUUUGGGCUGAGACCCUUCUUCAAGACUAAUAUGUUAAUGUGAUUUCAAUUUCUGGCAUUACACACAAAAUGCUGGAGGAACUCAGCAGGUCAGGCAGCAUCUAUGGAAAUGAAUAAACAGUCAUUGUUUUGGGCUGAGACCAUUCUUCAAGACUAAUAUAAUGUUAAUGUGAUUUCAAUUUCUGGCAUUACACACAAAAUGCUGGAGGAACUCAGCAGAUCAGACAGCAUCGAUGGAAAUGAAUCAGCAGUUUAUGUUUCAGGCCAAAGUGCUUCAUCAGCACUAAAAAGAAAGGUGGCAAAAGAAGAUGAAGGGGAGGGAAGGAAUACAAGCUGGCAAGUAAUAGUUGAAACGAGUUAGAUAGAGAUAGAUAGUGGGGUCAAGGGAUAUGGGGAGAGGGCAGGAACGGGGUACUGAUUGUAUACCAUCAGCCAUGAUCACAGUGAAUGGCGGUGCUGGCUAGAAGGGCCAAAUGGCCUACUCCUGCACCUACUGUCCAUUGUGAAAUGAUGUGAGGGAGAAGGUGGGUAUUAGAAGGGAAAUAAUGUGAGAAACUGGGAGGUGAAAGAGGUGAAAGGUUGGAGGAGGAAUAUAAUAGGAGAGGCUGUGAAACACAGAAUAAAAAGGAAAGAGCUGGAGAAUAGACGAAACAGAGGUGAUAGGCCGGUCAUAAGUAUGGGGCGUGCAGGAGAGAGAUAGUGUGAGGGCCACUAGCAUGGUGGAAAACAAAGGUCGGAGCAAGUGUUAUCCCUCCCUUUCGUUUUCCCUCAUUCUGGUGGCCCUCUCACCUCUACUCUUUCCAUCCCCUACCCUCAUGACCUGCCCAUCACCUCCCACAUUUCCCCAUCUCCUUUCCUCCAGAGGUAUGACCUGACCUGCUGAGUUCCUCCAGCAUUUUGUGUAUAAUACCAUAAAUUAAUAUCACAUGUGUUACUCAAGAUAUCCAACAUUGGGAACCAUGGCAGUGUAGCAGUUAGAGUGACACUGUUAUAGCUUGAAGCAUCGAAGUUCAGAGUUCAAAUUCGGGAUCCACAGUAAGCAAAUUUGUAUGCUCCUUCUCGUAUGCACAUCGGAUUCCUCCAUGUGCUCUGGUUUCCUCCCACAGCACAAAGACAUACCAGUUAGUAGACCAUUGUAAAUUGUCCCAUGGUUUAGGCCAGGGUUAAAUCUGUGGGUUGCUAGGUGACAUGACUCAAAGGGCUAGUAGGACCUGUUCCACACUGUAGUUCGAAAUAAAAUAAAUUACCUCUGCAGAAUCUCUUGUGUUGCCAAUUCCUUGCACCUUAUUGGAUGAAUGAAUUAAGCAUUAUUAAAAUACAUUUUAAUUAAAUACAGUAUAUACAGUACAUACAUGACAAUUACAAAAUUUACAUUGCUACCUUAAAUUAAAUCUCUUGCCUCAAUCCUAAAUAUGGUACAACCUGAAGCUUCAACUAGAAAAAGCAACUGCAAGAUAUUUAUUUAUUGAUUGAGAUACAGCGAGGCCCUUCUGGCUUAUUCAAAUUUGAUAGCCAUUUUAACAAUCCUUUGUGAUACUUUACCAUUUUUAAGAACUGCAGGGGCAACAAAUGUGUUAUCACUUUAGAGUUUUUCUAAUAGACAAUUGACAGUAGGAGCAGGAGUAGGCCAUUCAGCCCUUCUAGCCAGCACCGCCAUUCACUGUGAUCAUACACAAUCAGUACCCCGUUCCUGCCCUCUCCGCAUAUCCCUUGACCCCACUAUCUAUAAGAGCUCUAUCUAACUCUCUCUUGAAUGCAUCCAGAGACUUGGCCUCCACUGCCUUCUGGGACAGAGCAUUCCAGAGUAUUCCUAAUGUUUCUACCCAAUAGCAUUUCCAAAAGGGAAGAUGGUGAAAAGAUUCAGCAGAUUAGACUGAAUCUUCAGAGAGGGAGUAUUAUUUUUCAGGUCAAUGACUUUUCAUCAGAAAAAACAGCAAAAGAAAUUGUUUUAAAAGUAUAGGUUUUAUGUCAGACACACAUAGAAAUCUCUGCCCUUCAUCUGAUCCAGCUGAUGAGAUUGCUUUGAGAGCUGGUACAGACUUGAUGGACCAAAUGGCAUCCAUCUCCUUAUGAAGGAGAAAUGAAAAGUUAGAAGACUGAGAUUAAUUUUCUGGACGGAUCUUAGAUACUUUAUCAUUCAAGUGCAGAUGGAAAGGCAAUCUCCUCUGUUCUGGGUAAAGAUCUCCCAUUUGUCAAAUGGACCUCCAAGACACCUGAUGGACCUGUCUUUAAUGGCCAUACAAAACAAUUAGGUGAAUGUUCAUUUCAUUGCCAUUUGGUUCUAGAUGUGUUCACAAUGGUUGUCACAUUUAUCCAAAAGUAACAGCAACUGGUGCAGUUUGAGAGAAGUGAUGAAGACCAGUAGAAAUACUGGGGCCCUGUUUUAGUGCAGAUUUGGUUUUAGAUACACUUAUAAGCUAGGAGCAAACAAACUACUUCUCAAGAGGUGGCCAGAAUUUUGAGAGUAACUGAUUUAGACUUUUGGGAUCUUGGACAAACAGAAAAUUGGGUGACCUCCAUAUCCUACCAAGGAUACAACAGAACCACCGUAUAAACAGAAGUUCCAGGUCGUCAAAAUAACAAUCAGUUACCUUUUGUUUUAAAAAGAGUUAACAACAGUUCUAUCUUUUUAUGCAGCCAUCUUCUCCGGAGUUCAAUGAUUUGUACUUGGCUUAAAGCCAUUUUGUAGAUGUUGUGGUAAUCUAGAUUUUGAACAUUCUUAUAAACAAAUUCAGUAAGAAACUAGUAUUCAGGGUGGUCAAAACUCAUAGGUGGUUAAACUGAACAUUCGGGCAGAGAGUUCUUGAAUUUGCUAUUCUAAAAUCAGGUAUUACAGGAAGCAGGGAGCUCAUGGUCAUGUUUGCAACAAUGCCAUUUAGACAAUGUCAUUUUGCAAACAACUGUUUAAAAAUAACCCUCUAUCCUCUCAAAAAGAAAUUAUUUUUAAAGCAAGAUAUUUUGUAAAUGCUGGAAAUCUUGAAGAAGGUUUUAGGCCUGAAACCUCCAUCGACUCUUUAUUCCUUCCCAUAGAUGUUGCCUGACCUGCUGAGUUCCUUCAGCAUUUUGUGUGCUACAUUUUGUUUAGAAAUCAGACAAUAAAUUUGUAAUGUUAUUUACACAAAUUAGAUGAGAUGACUGACAGCUAAAUAAGGGGGCAUGAAUGUGAAUGUAAUGAUGUAAAUCUACCAAAUUAGAUUUAAAUCGCAUCUUCCAUUUUAACUCUCACAAGCAUAUCUUGCCAGAAUUUCGGUAAUCCCAUGUAGAUAUCAACUGCCAUACAUCCAAGAAUUCAAAAUGAUACUACUUACAUUUUUAAACAUCAAUCACAACUUCAACAAGUCUGACUGCAGACUAAUGAUGACUCUUCUAAAUUCUCCCAGGCAAUUAGGAAGAGCCCGUUAACCAGACAUCUCUGCACUGUGUUUGAAUUGGCAUAGUGAAUACAUAUCAAAACUGUUUUUAAACAAACAAGCCACACCAUUAAGAUAUUGCAUUUAGAAUAGAUUCUUUCAGUAUUAUGACUGUAAUUUUACCUCCAUUAUGUUAAUGUGCUGUUCAACUAAUAUAUUUUAUAACUUAAUGACUUGUGUUCAAAAUACAUUUCAAAUGUGUACUCAAAUAAUGUAAGUUUUAAAUGCAUCAAUUUUUGAAAAAUUCUAUGCAAAUAAACUAC